AAUCUUUCUCCAUGCCUCAACUACCUGAAGAACGGUGGCCCCGUGCCGGCCCCAUGCUGCAACGGGGUGAGGUCCCUCGCCGGCUCUGCCAAGUCCGCCCCUGACCGCCGGCAGGCUUGCCAGUGCUUGAAAACUGCCGCCGGUGGAAUCUCCGGCUUGAAGGAGAACUAUGCUGCGGCCUUACCCGCUGCAUGCAGAGUCACUAUUCCUUACAAGAUCAGCACCAAGACCAACUGCAACGCCAUGCUGUGA